CCCGCCGCGCUAGGCUCUUGAGCUAAGCUAAGCUACGAUAAACUAACCCCCUCACGGAGCUGCAGUCGUUUCUCGGCUCUUUUUACCGGGCCGGUUUAUAUUUUAACCACCUUAUAAAACCGAAAGAAAUGUGUAGCGACAUCUUUAUCGCACUAAAGAGGGUUUAUGACUGAGCAGAACGGGGAUACAUGAAUUCCGGGAGGGCUCGAGAGAUGGGGGACGUCUUGGCAAGCGAAGCAGAUCUCCUUCUGAUGAUAAAAGAGUACCUGAAGUUCUGUGAGUUUGAGGAGACGGCGAAGAUCUUUGAGAAGGAAUGCAAGAGCAAAGGAAAACCUGUCCCAAAAACUCCCAGCAGCCCACCGGCCGACUCUAAAUCCUUAAUCAUUCAGAAGGAUCUCAUCAGCUCGUUUGAGGAUGGAGAUAUGAAGGUGUUUUUCGAGCUGUGGUCAGAACACGUUCCCGCAGAUAUUCGGGAUAGCGACCCGGCCGUCCAGAAACUGGAAUUCUAUUUGCACAUUCACUUUGUUAUUUACCCACUGAAGAACUCUCUCAGAAGACAGGAUAAAGCUGAGUUUGAUGAACGAAUCAGCCACUUCAAGCACUACCUGGAGACGCGGGGGGCAGCACUGAGCCAGACCACGGAGUUUCUGCCGUUUUACGCCCUGCCUUUUGUGCCCAAUCCUGCUGCGCAUCCGUCCUUUCAGGAACUCUUUCAGGACUCCUGGGUUCCAGAUUUAAGGAAAAAGCUUGAAAAGCUCCUGGCUUCGAUUCUGAAAGCUUCAGCCGCGCCACGGCUGCUCACUUUAUACAGAGGCAGCGCAAAGAGCAGCAAAGAGAACCUUAAGCAGAUGCAGGCACAGCUGGCUGAAGCAGAGAAGAAAGCUUCCUGCUACAUUAAGAGGUUCAGUAAGAUGCAGGCCGACUACCACAACCUCAUCGGAGUGACUGCUGAGCUGGUCGACUCGCUCGAAGCCACAGUCAGCGGGAAAAUGAUUUCCCCAGAGUACCUCCAGGGCGUCUGUGUGCGCCUGUUCAGCGGGCAGAUGAGACAGAGCGCAGCUCAGAGCAUCGACUUCACCAGACCUGGAACAGGAUAUUACUCUAUGACUCCUUAUGAUGAUGGAUAUGCCUCCUCCAUGUUACGAGCGUCUAUUGCAGCACAGAGGCCCAAGGAUGUGCCCCUGCUGCCCUCGCUGGACUACGAGAAGCUAAAAAAUGACCUAAUGACCGGCUCGGACAGAUUGAAGGCCCUACUGCUUCAGGCUCUGCGCUGGAGGCUGACUCGUUCUCUUCAGGGCGAGCAGAGGGACACGGUUUUGCAGGCUUACAUCAGCAACGAUCUGCUAAACUGCUGCAACACCAAACAGAAGACGGCGCUCCAUCUCAUCAAAUCUAAGAAUGAAAUCGUCCGGCAGUACACGGCUCGACUCACCAACGCUUUUGCUUCGCUGUCUGAAGGUCGAAUGUAUCUGUCUCAGUUCCCGUCUCUGCUGAAGCUGCUGGUGGACUGUCUGCGGACCGAGGAGAAAGACUCGGUGGCCAGAGAGAACGUGCUGGGGGCACUGCAGAAGCUCAGCCUCAGGCGUGUCCAUCAGUCUGUUCUGAUCAGACAGGGGUUGAUAGGCUGGCUGGUGGACGAGCUGCAGGAUUCGGACUCUUUAUCUGAUUACACGCUGGAGUACGCUGUGGCUCUGCUCAUGAACCUCUGCCUCCGCACUCAAGGAAAGAGAAAGUGCACAGAAAGAGCCAAGCAUGUUCUGAAGGUUCUGACGGAACUCCUGGGACACGAGAACCAUGAGAUCCGGCCGUACGUGAAUGGAGCUCUGUACAGUAUUCUGAGUGUUCCAACAAUUCGGCUGGAGGCCAAAGAGAUGAGUAUGGAGGAGAUCCUGCACUGCUACACUAAAGAGGAGAAUCCUGAACUGAACAGACAGAUCGAGUUCAUUAUCAAACAGCUCAACUCAGAGGACGAGCCCCAGGACGAACCAGAGUCAGACGAUGAAGAGGACGACGACGACGACGAUGAGGAGGAUGUAAUGGAGGCUGAUUUGGAUAAAGAGGAAGUUCUUCAGCCUCAGCCCAAAGAACUCUCGGGGGAGAACUUGCUGACCACAGAAUACCUGGGAAUCAUGACGAACAUGGUGAAGGAGAAGAGGAAGUGGAAUGUUCCAUCAGCUCAGAGCACAGAUGAACCGCUCCAAAGACCCGUCACUCCCAGCUCACACCGAAACACCAUGGAUUCUCGAGCGGUUCGUGAUGUGACUGACCCCUUCAGCCCGUUUCACUCCCCGUUCCCCUCCCGCCCCCCAACACGCACAGGCAGCCGCCCGAGCACCAGCGACUCCACCCACCGUGCACUGGGUAAACACUCCAUCCAUCGCACUCUGGACUCUGAGUGCUGGCGUUCGUCACAGGAGUCUUUGGGGCCGCCCGACACACACAACACCAACGGCCACUCACAAAGUGACCUCAUCCCCGGCUUAGCGGGCCGACCCAAGAUUCCUCGCUCUCCCGGCAGUGAUGCAGGGCGACCCAGGCUGCCCCCACUCGGCCCCAAAUUCUCCCACAGCGAGCCCCAGCAGAGCAGCAGACCCAACAGCGCCGCACACAGCGCACACAGCAGCCAGUCCAGCAGGAAGUGAAAAGGGACCCUCUGGGCAGGUGAAGCGAAUGCAAUUCUUCUGAGGAGCGUCCAGCUUCCUGUAAUGCCAUCCAGCCGUCUUAUCAGGGUCAGCGCCGCACGGCCGGGGGCGCGCAGAGCCAACAAAGCGCCCUAUUGUGGCCGCUGUGCUCUUUCGCCCUGCUCCGUAACCCAGCACGUUCCAGCAAUAAUCACAACAAGCACUUUUAUUCUCCACGGCCUGCCCGUCCGUCCAGCUCUCCUCAGGAGAACGCUGCUCCCUUCAUCUGCUCUCUCGGCCGUCGCCACUGCACUUUAUUAAAGACAAACGCUUCUGUUACACUUCCAUUUCUGAUGCAGAAUCCGUUACUGUAGGACUACAUUGCUCGUUUACAUUGUUUUUGUUGUUUAUGGUACCUUUUCUUGCCAUUCUUGUUUUUUUUUGUUCAUUUGUUUAUUGUUGUCGUGGCUUCGUUGUGCUUGUUGGAAUGAAGUAGGUCUGGAGGAAAAUGUCCUUUGAAAAUGAGAUUCUUUGUUUUCCUGUUCUGCCUGGCUGGUUUUGAGCUAUCUCUCGGUUUUGUGUUUCAGCCUCAGGGCCCCGAUACCCUGCCCCUGUGUCUUUUCACCUGACUCGGAUCAUGAAGGGCUCAGAAAUGAGACACUGAGCUGAAUCAGGUCUGCUAGCAGGCAAAACACUAAAACGAGGUUUGCAGGAUCGAUCGUUAAUGGUUGUUUUAUAAAGAACAAGCAUGUGCAGGAUCAAAGCUUAGACGUCUGAGGUUACGUGACGUUCUGGAGCCGGCGUCACACUCGCAAAGGGAACUCGGUGUCUAAGCCGUUUAUCAUCUCUGGGAAAAAUGAACAGCAUUUUUAAAAAUCACCCUGUCAUAAACACAAACGCUCCAACGUUUGAACAUUUUAUUCUGUGUGUUUUUCUUUGAUCGUCGCUGCAUCCUCUGAAUAUCGAGGUUGUUACAGAGUCUAAAUCCUAGUAAUGCUACAUACAGUCGUGUGCAAAAGUUUGAACACCCCUCAAGUGUAAAAAAGUUAACGCACUUUAACACAUUUUAAUACUCAAUGAAGUGUUUAUUUAUGUGUCUAACACUUUGGGGGGGAAAACGUAUGGAAUAGUGUGCAAAACAUUUGGCAUAUUUUAUAUUUAAUGUUUUUUCCAGCAUGUUAAACAGCAAAUAAGCAGUAAUCAUGUAUUAAAAUGUGCAGACCAAAUCACAGCCGUGAUGUUAUUGGCGAUAACACACUCCUCGAGUGUUCUAUUGCUUU